GCGUCCGCGACGCCGAGCUGCGAGGUUGUGUUCGUUUGGUCCGCCGACCAGAGAGAGAGCCGUAUCUCUCGGACACUCGCGUCCCGUACUCUAACUUGGCUCGACGGUCGUCGCCGAGAAAUCGAUAAUCGUGACGGUAUCGAUGCAACAGUGGUGGUUUCUCGCAUUCAUUUUUCGACGGAUUUCUCGCCGGUCGGUCUCUACCUUCUCGGAAUCCCGUGGGAAUCGUCGCGAGUGCGACUUCAAAAGUGCUACUCGACGUCAAUAUAGAGGAUAUUGUAUAGUGCUUGUGCCGAGAGGGAUAAUGUCGCCCUGAUAUCGUGGGAUUCCGGUAUAUCCGUUGCAGUGAGAUUCGCUCUGCAAGAUUUGAUCCGCGAUCGACAUUCGCCACUUCUCGCGUCUCACGGAUGCGGGGCACGAGAGAGUCUCCCUCGGGACGGUUGAAAAAGUGUUAAAGUUGGAAAUCCGCCGGUCUAACGUCAACGCGGAAUACUCGAUUUUCGCGCGCCCUACGCAUUCCGAAACUACUGCCAAGACUCGACUUGGACUACUCUAACGUGUCGAGCGCUGUCGCGUGCAUUCGCCGCAUCGAAUGAUCGACGGCGAGCGACGGGUGGCUUCGCGCUCCGCAAACGAAGAUUCCAACCGAGGAUCCUACGUCCGUGGCGUUUCGCGUUCGUUUCGCAGCAGCGGCCGCGAUCAGCAUCGUCGCCGUAUCAUUUCCGAAGUAUCCCCGGGGAAAAACUGAACCAAUGAACGGUCUGGUAAGCCGUGCUCCGGGCGAGAGAAACACAGGCCGGAUCCAUGGAACCGGCGCUAUCAUCUCGGAUACCAUCGACAACGACGCGCCGAGAGAAACGAAUCCCGUCUGAUCGCUCCGACUUAGAUACGUUGAAUCUACUAUAAUUUCUUUUGCCGAGAAUAUUAAGAAUCGUCGAAGGUCGUUGGAUCGUACUGGAUUUCUCGGCAUGACGGUGUAAAAGCGGUAACGGGAAUUGUCCGAAGGAGGCAUCGCAGGGAUCAAUCGCGACUCGUCGACGAGAAAACAACGGUCAAAGUGGAGUGUGCAUGUGGCGGAGGUGCGACAGUGGUGGAAGAAGUAGGUGGUCGUUGUGGACGACUGCAACGAGGUCGCGGGCGAAAGUGCAACGGGUGCUUUGGUGUCGUUGGUGGUUGUUGUCGAAUCCAAGUGCCCGUGGUGACGGUGCUAGUCGUCGUCCCGUUGUUACCAUGGUUUCCACGUCCUUCGUAACUCUGGUGUUCCUCGUGUGUCUGCAAACGGUACUACUGUCGACUGUGAGCAACUGCGCCAAGACGAUCAGCAUGUACUGGAACACCACCAAUUCCAUAUUUCGAAUAGACAAUACAGAUCAUAUAAUCGACGUAAACAAGAAUAAUGCAGCGUUCGAGUAUGAUCAAGUCAAUAUAAUAUGUCCGGUAUAUCCGCCGGACUCGUAUGUUGAUGACGAUGCUGAAAAGUACAUUAUUUAUAACGUGUCCAAGGAGGAGUACGAGACAUGUCGGAUAACGAACCCCAGUCCGCGGGUAAUAGCGGUGUGCGACAAGCCGCGCAAAAUGAUGUACUUCACCAUCACCUUCAGGCCGUUCACGCCACAACCCGGGGGCCUCGAGUUCCUCCCGGGCCACGAUUACUACUUCAUCAGCACCUCGUCCAAGGACGACCUCCACAGGCGCAUCGGCGGACGGUGCACCAGCCACAACAUGAAGGUCGUCUUCAAGGUCUGCUGUGGUAAUGAGGCCGACACCUCAUCCUCGUCGGCGACAUCGCGCAACAAUUCCGUAGCCGUGACCAGCAGCACCAUGCCCAGCAGCAGCUCCACGAGUACCGCGGUUUUGGGCGGCGGAGCCGCCGGUCUGCCGCCCCCGCCGCCGCCGCCGAUCGUCUACAGGGGCGGAGAUCGAUUCUACCCGGGGGGCAGCAUUCAUCAUCGUCCUGAUCAUCAUCAGCCGGGCACGGCGGCGCCGACCCUGUCCCACGUGCCUCCGCCGGCCUACCCCGCGCAUCCGCAUCCGCAUCAGCCGCAGCCGCCGAUUCACAAUGGACCGCCGUCCUCGAUCACGCCGCCCAAGACCUCGACCGGCCAGAAGAAGAAGAACAAGGAAUAUACGGAUCAUCCGAAUGAGGUGGUAAAGAACGAAGAGCUGACGUAUAACGGCGCGAAUUCGUAUACUACGCAGUUCCGGUACGCACAGAACUUAAUCCUGGCGAUGUGUAGCCUGUUGAUGAGCACAUUGCUGCAACAGCUGCUGCGGUGAAGCGAUAGCACCGCCAACGUACGAGAACGUCGUAUAUCCCAUGCGUCGAAACCCCUUCUUCUGUGAUUAUCCUACGUUUAAUUGAUUUCUUGAGAAGCGCGCGAGACAUGCACGCGCGACCCUCGGCCGUCCCUUGAUCGUAAUAAAACACGCACGAUCCAUGGUCGCGCCGACUCGAGAGAUGGCAGAGAAGAGAGAAGAAAUAGGCGGAGAGAGAGAAAAGACGAAAAUAAAGAGCAAGAUACACAUCGAGAAAAGAGACACGCACGACACACGAGCGGCAACGCCAUAUUAACUACAAUUAAUACAAACUAGCAGGGUUCCAAGAUGGAAUACCAGACUACAAAGUCGACAAAGCCGAAGGUAGGACGGGAAAUAGAGAAAGCGGAAAAAAGGAAAAUGCUACUAUUAGACACUACUUAUAGUACACGCCCAUUAUUAUUACUACUAUAAAUGGUAGUCGUAUUGGUUGUCCUUUUUAUCAUUACGCUGAUAGCUAUUUAUUCGAAUAUCGACAGAAACCGAAGUGGGAGUCAUAGGCAGCGUGCUAAGUAUCCUCAAGCGAAGAAAGUGUACGAGAGAAAAACGGAGUCUAUUAGUAUAUUAGUAGCAGGGCUACGCGAGAAAAUCCGUCAGAGAUCGCGUCUCUUUCAUUCCAGCGUCGCGAAUCCUAUAAUUCAGGACAAAAUAUCGCGUAAGCUCGACCAACGACGACGAACGAUCCUUCGUUAAGGGGUCCUUGCAUGGAAUCGACAAAGUCAUGGUUUUUUCCAAGUGCGAUCAUCCGAGCACGCUGUGCCCCGAGAAAAGAGUACCUGAAAAUUCUUAUUCGGAAUAUUUCCGGUUCGCGGCCAAGACGAUCCAGAGCGAACAAUUGCGAUCUUUAUUGAGAAUCUCCCAGGAAUCUCGUAGAUUCUAUGACUCUAAGUCGUCGAUACAACAUCUCGUUCCUUGAUGAUUAGUUGAAGGGUCAAAAAAUUAAAAGAAUCGUAUGGGAGUAAUCAUGUCUCUCACGCGGCGUUUAAGCUCAGAUCGAUCGCUGCGGAUACUCAGCCAAGAACAGGACGCCGAGGACGAAGGAUCAUUCGAUUUCGCGUGCGAGAUCAUGAGUAGGAUAAUUAGCACGCGUGUAAAUAAAUUCCUAAUGAAUAUGUACAAGUGGCUCUUGGUCGUCUUGUAUGCCGAUGGGCAGCAGGGGGCCAGUGAGAUUUAAGAAAGAGUGCCGUAUUUCUAGAUAAAUAUUAUGAGAGAAAGAAACGAAGAGAAUGUGUAUCAGAAAGAGAAAGUGUGAUUAUGCGAGCACUGUGUAAAAGUACUCGUCGAACAAAGCAACGCGAGACAUGAACUUGUGCGAGUUUUUGCCAUUAUAUCGAACUAAUUAUGUCAUCGUUGCGAGUCACCAACAAUUUGCAUGUAUCAUUGACUCAAGCUGUUAGAUAAGAAAGAUGAUGGAGAAAAAGAGUGAACGAAUAAAUAAAAAAUAGCAUGCAAGAGAGACUGAGUCGUGAAUCGAGUAAGAGACAGAUUUGUAUAAUAGCUGUACCAUACCGAGACUUCUAUCUAUAGAGAUCUGUAUUAUAUUUAUUAUGCAUUAUCAUUACGCUACGAAUAUUCAACACUCGAUAUUCUAUAUUCGCUAGUGAAAUAUCAAAUUUAAUAACAAAUAAAUUAACGUACUAUCGGCGCCGGGGGUGAAGCGGCGAUCGUGGCGCAAAUAAACCCCCAAGGCCAAUUCCUGACAUUUGUUAUUUUCCUCGUUUUUGAUUCCGUUCCAAAUAUUAUAUAUUAUAUAUUAUACACGGAUAAUAUUUCUAUUCAAACUAUUCACGGUAUCUAAUUAAUUAAUUGUUCAAUCAUGUUUCCGAUUUAUUGAUGCUAUAUAGGUUUUCUUUUUUUUAUUAUUGUAUUUAUUUACUAAAAAAAAGACUCGCGCACGUAUGAUGUCACACGCGUGUAUACGUACAUUUCAUGCCGCAUACUUGCAGAUUCAUCUUUCAUGCGACGCCACGUGCGUCGAAAGCGAGAUUGCGUAUACGCGUUCAUACGGCACAUGCGUGCGUAAACACAUACAAGGAAGAAAGAUGAAGCAGUGAGUAAUUUUUCUUUCGUGUCUGCUAAAAAAGAAAAUUUCAAGCGCAAUUACACUAACGAAUUAUUGUAAAUACGAAUUUAUGCGGAAAAUGAAUACCGUGACAAGAGAAUGUAUCUGAGUGCCUGUGCGGAUGCGUGCGUGUGAGAUAAGAGAGAAUAAGAGAUCCUGACUCAGGAUCUUUAGAUAGCGAAACAAUAGUCCUUACAAGUUGAAGAUUGUUCGACGUGACCCGGCUCGCUUUCGACGAGUUCAUUCAUGAUUUAUCGUCCCUACUUGCGUCUACGAUUACGACAACAGCGAAUGAUUACGAUCAACCGAGAAUUGCGAAUAUACAGCGGAAAUUCAGCAGCAGUAUUAUAAUAUGCCUAAGUGUCUGUAUUUUUUGUGUUGUAUUCUCGUAAUAAUACGGCGAGCAAAAUGGGCAAUAUUUCACACGAUAUUUCACGAUUCCAUUCGAUCAUUGUUUCAAAAUUUACAUCCUUUUAUAAAUAAUAUUCAGCAAAUUGCCGCGCGCAUCCGCAGACAAUCAUUAUCAUAUUACAAAAUGUUCCGAAUUUGUUAAAAUAAGGACAUUUAUGUUAAAAAUAUUUAUCUCUGAUUUCCCUGGUUGAAAUGUUCUGAUGCAUCGUCAUAUAGUCAACAAUCUUAUACCUAUUGGCAACAAAAAUGUACUGUUUAUAAAUAUAUAGUCAAUUGCUGCCUCAAUAAUUCCUUAAUGAUCCAGAAGUUGUCAAUUGUUGCAACAUUCUUUUAAUUAGUAUCUUUAUUUAUUAUUAUUUCUGAAAUAAAUCAAUCAACAGUCGUAAAGAUACUCGUUUAAUAAUUAUGAAUAUUAAAAGCAUUUUUAGGAAUUAAAACAUUUUUCAACCAGGGCUAUCAUAUCUUUAAUAUUAUACACAUAAUCAGCAAUCUCAUUUUGCGAGAUCUUAAAUUUCGCUUAGCGAAUGAAUACGCUCGCUUAUUGUGCUAUAUUUGUGCAUUGUUAGGAAUUGUGAAAAUAUCGCCGAUCACGAGUUGAAUUUACUUACUUUAAGUUGCAAAAAGAGAAAUUGAUCACCGUUUGAUCGAUUAUUCGUAUGCGAAAGACGAUGUGCGCAGAGAUGAUACGUGAAUUAACGUGAAUGGUAAUCAUCCGCGCGAACGAUAAGCGAACACGCUAUAACAAUAAUAUAGACUCGAAUUAUUCGAUAUAGAAAAUAGACAAGGUCACUCACUGCAAAAA